CAUUUCUGUUGAUGUAGAACUUUUAUGGAUAGUACUUGCCAAAGGACAUAGAUACUUUAGCCAAUAUACUCGAAAUGUAAAAAUUAUUUAUGGGAAGAAAACUUUAACAGGUCAAUUGCCUCUUACACAUGAAAUCAGAAUGCAAAAUAAACUUCUGGAUUUAUUUAUUUUUGUUACUAGCUUUGAUUCGAAAGAUCUUAAUAAGAAUCAAGUUAUUGAGGG